CACGACGAAGCAUUCACCCGUUAUCCCACCACAGGUCCAAGCGCGCCCGUGCCCAUAUUUAUGUCGCAUUCUUCCCCACACCAGGCAAUGACACGACAACCAUGGCCUUCGUUCUACCGCCCCCGCCUCAACUAGAAGCCCCCGAACUGCCGCGGUCGCUUCCGAUCAUCUUCCGUCAUCCUGGCUACGAUGACACGGUCAAUGUGCUCUUCAUGCUCUACGCACCCGACGCCAAGGUGGACAGCGACGAGCAGAACAAAGACGCACCGCGGUGGCCAGCUCUCUACGCCCAAGUAGCGCUCGACGCCUGCGCCUUGGUGGCCGACAAUCGCACGGGUGGCUGGUUGUCCCGCGUGCGCGACGCCGUUGCCGGCUCCGCUGCCCAGGUCGACCCCACCAGCAUGCUGCACCAACGCGACUACUACUUCCAUCUCAAGAGCAGCGACGGCAGCAGCGAUCCAUACCCCGUAGUCCCCAACUUCCGCGAGUGGAGCUUCCCGCAUGACGCCGUGCCCGUCCAUUGGCUGGCAUCGACCAACAAUAAAGCCCGCGUCGACAACAGCUACUCUUCCUCCAACCUCACCGUGGGCCUGAAGGUACGCGAUGGCACGUGUCGCAUGAGCGGGUGCCGAGAAGAGGCCCAAGUGUCUCACGUCGUGCCCGCGGCUGAGGAAGAUUGGUGGAAGGGGAACUAUAUGGCUCAGUACGGCCUAGGCACAUCGGCUGCCACGCCCCAGAACACGGCCAACGCCCUGCUCCUACGUGCCGACCUCCACCUCGCCUUCGACAAGCCUCGAUUCGCCUUUGUGCCCAAGCCAGCGGGCGAUAACAGCAUGCGCAUCGUCACCCAUCUUCUCGAACCUUCGGCUGAGCUUCAACACUUGUACCAUAAUCGCGAGCUCCACCCAUCGGCUGUUGGUGGCGAAAUGCUGUUUGCGCGCUUUGCGUGGUCCAUCUUUCCCCUGGUCAGCGAAUUCCUCUGCCGGAACGUAGAUCGACGCCUCGCCUUGCAGGCACGCCAUGCCGACCUACUUGACGACCGUGGCUAUGUCUCUGCCGCCAAAUGCAAGACCUUCACUACUGCUGGAAUUCGACAGGAAAAAGCCGAUUCGAAGAAGCGUAAAUCAAACCCAAACGUUGUGUCGGAGAGUGAGGACGCAGAUCUCACCGAAGUGGAAGAGCAAGCUGAGCCACAAGACGGAGACGCCUUAUGCUUGGCCCCGAAGCGUCGCCGGAGUGGGUCAGCAGCUUCGUUGUCUCCGUCUGGAACUCUCUCUCCCGAGUCAUCACUUUCGACUGACGAACAUCCUGUCCAAGUGGAGUCUACAGGUUCUACGCUGGCACAAGAGUGGCUGGACGUAGAACGCAAGCGCUCCGAUCCAUCUGGCUUAUUUGAAAAAGAGCGCGAGUGGAUUCAGGAAGUAUGGAAUGGCAAGAGUAUGAGUGGGAAUGAGGUUCUCCGGUUUCUGCAGGGUAUUGGUCACGAGAUAAUAGAUAAUGAGGCGGACUGAGUAGACACUUGGGUAGAAUACUAGCGCUC